AGGAGGGGGUGGAGGAGGAGGGCUGCCUUGAGGAAGUACAGGAAUGAAGUUGUGGAGCUGAGAUUCCUCUCCAUCGUGCCCACAGAGCCGAGAAGACCCCCCGAGGCCGCCGGCCGCCCCUGCACUGGGUGCUCUUUCCGGCGCGAGCGCCCGGCCCCCUCCCCUCGCCCGCCCGGCGCCCUCGCCGCCUGGUCUAGCCGGAGCCAUGGGGACGGAGCCGCAGUGAGCACCAUGGAGCUGGCGGCCUGGUGCCGCUGGGGGCUCCUCCUCGCCCUCCUGUCCCCCGGAGCCGCGGGCACCCAAGUGUGCACCGGCACAGACAUGAAGCUGCGGCCGCUGGCCAGUCCCGAGACCCACCUGGACAUGCUCCGCCACCUCUACCAGGGCUGUCAGGUGGUGCAGGGUAACCUGGAGCUCACCUACCUGCCCGCUAAUGCCAGCCUCUCCUUCCUGCAGGAGAUCCAGGAGGUGCAGGGCUACGUGCUCAUCGCCAAGAACCGAGUGAGUCAGGUCCCCCUGCAGAGGCUGCGGAUCGUACGAGGCACCCAGCUCUUUGAGGACAACUAUGCCCUGGCCGUGCUGGACAACGGAGGCCUUCUGGAAGGUGCCCCCCCUGCUGCACGCGCUGCUCCGGGAGGGCUGCAGGAGCUGCAGCUGCGAAGCCUCACAGAGAUCCUGAAGGGAGGGGUCUUGAUCCAGCGGAACCCCCAGCUCUGCCACCAGGACACGAUUGUGUGGAAGGACAUCUUCCACAGGAACAACCAGCUGGCCCUCAUGCUGAUAGACACCAACCGCUCACGGGCCUGCCCACCCUGUUCUCCAGCUUGUAAAGCUCCCCACUGCUGGGGAGAAAGUUCCAAGGACUGUCAGAGCUUGACGCGAACCGUCUGUGCCAGCGGCUGUGCCCGCUGUAAGGGCCCGCAGCCCACCGACUGCUGCCACGAGCAGUGUGCUGCCGGCUGCACGGGCCCCAAGCACUCUGACUGUCUGGCCUGCCUCCACUUCAACCACAGUGGCAUCUGUGAGCUGCACUGCCCAGCUCUGGUCACCUACAACACGGACACCUUCGAGUCCAUGCCCAACCCCGAGGGCCGUUAUACCUUCGGCGCCAGCUGCGUGACCACCUGUCCUUACAACUACCUGUCCACGGACGUGGGAUCCUGCACCCUGGUUUGUCCCCUGAACAACCAAGAGGUGACAGCUGAGGAUGGAACCCAGCGGUGUGAGAAAUGCAGCAAGCCCUGUGCCCGAGUGUGCUAUGGUCUGGGCAUGGAACACCUGCGGGAGGUGAGGGCGGUCACCAGUGCCAACAUCCAGGAGUUUGCUGGCUGCAAGAAGAUCUUUGGGAGCCUGGCGUUUGUGCCGGAGAGCUUUGAGGGGGACCGAGCCUCCAACACUGCCCCCCUACAGCCUGAGCAGCUCAGAGUAUUUGAGUCUCUGGAGGAGAUCACAGGUUACCUGUACAUCUCAGCGUGGCCAGACAGCCUGCCGGACCUCCACGUCUUCCAGAAUCUGCGAGUAAUCCGGGGACGAGUUCUGCAUGAUGGUGCCUACUCGCUGACCCUGCAAGGGCUGGGCAUCCGCUGGCUGGGGCUGCGCUCUCUGCGGGAACUGGGCAGUGGACUGGCCCUCAUCCACCGCAACGCCCGCCUCUGCUUUGUACACACGGUGCCCUGGGACCAGCUCUUCCGGAACCCCCACCAGGCCCUGCUCCACAGUGCCAACCGGCCAGAGGUCGAGUGCGUGGGCGAGGGCCUGGCCUGCUACCCGCUGUGUGCCCACGGGCACUGCUGGGGUCCAGGGCCCACCCAGUGCGUCAACUGCAGCCAGUUCCUCCGGGGCCAGCAGUGCGUGGAAGAAUGCCGAGUACUGCAGGGGCUCCCCCGGGAGUACGUGAAGGACAGGUACUGUCUGCCGUGCCACCCCGAGUGUCAGCCCCAGAACGGCUCAGUGACCUGCUUUGGCUCGGAGGCUGACCAGUGUGUGGCUUGCACCCACUACAAGGAUCCUCCCUUCUGCGUGGCUCGCUGCCCCAGUGGUGUGAAGCCUGACCUAUCCUUCAUGCCCAUCUGGAAGUUCCCAGAUGAGGAGGGCAUGUGCCAGCCAUGCCCCAUCAACUGCACCCACUCCUGUGUGGACCUGGAUGACAAGGGCUGCCCCGCUGAGCAGAGAGCCAGCCCUGUGACGUCCAUCAUUGCCGCUGUGGUGGGCAUUCUGCUGGUCGUCGUCGUGGGGCUGGUCUUCGGCAUCCUCGUCAAGCGGCGGCGGCAGAAGAUCCGGAAGUACACGAUGCGGCGGCUGCUGCAGGAGACAGAGCUGGUGGAGCCCCUGACACCGAGCGGAGCGAUGCCAAAUCAGGCUCAGAUGCGGAUCCUGAAAGAGACAGAGCUGAGGAAGGUGAAGGUGCUUGGAUCCGGAGCUUUUGGUACCGUCUACAAGGGCAUCUGGAUCCCCGAUGGGGAAAAUGUGAAAAUCCCAGUGGCCAUCAAAGUGUUGAGGGAAAACACAUCCCCCAAAGCCAACAAAGAAAUCUUGGACAUCUCUACUCUUAACCUCCUGAGUCUGUGGGCCAUGGUUCUGGUUUGUGACGAAUGGGGUUGGAUUGAUGUGUACCCUUGCUCCCAGGAAGCAUAUGUGAUGGCUGGUGUAGGGUCCCCAUACGUGUCCCGCCUUCUGGGCAUCUGCCUGACAUCCACGGUGCAGCUGGUGACACAGCUUAUGCCCUAUGGCUGCCUCCUAGACCACGUCCGGGAGCACCGCGGGCGCCUGGGCUCCCAGGACCUGCUGAACUGGUGUGUGCAGAUUGCCAAGGGGAUGAGCUACUUGGAGGAUGUGCGGCUCGUGCACAGGGACCUGGCUGCCCGGAAUGUGCUGGUCAAGAGUCCCAACCAUGUCAAGAUUACAGACUUCGGGCUGGCUCGGCUGCUGGACAUUGAUGAGACGGAGUACCAUGCGGAUGGGGGCAAGGUGCCCAUCAAGUGGAUGGCGUUGGAGUCCAUUCUCCGCCGGCGGUUCACCCACCAGAGUGAUGUGUGGAGCUAUGGUGUGACUGUGUGGGAGCUGAUGACUUUUGGGGCCAAACCUUACGAUGGGAUCCCAGCCCGGGAGAUCCCUGACCUCCUGGAGAAGGGGGAGCGGCUGCCCCAGCCCCCCAUCUGCACCAUUGAUGUCUACAUGAUCAUGGUCAAAUGUUGGAUGAUCGACUCUGAAUGUCGGCCAAGGUUCCGGGAGUUGGUGGCCGAAUUCUCCCGCAUGGCCAGGGACCCCCAGCGCUUUGUGGUCAUCCAGAAUGAAGACCUGGGCCCUCCCAGCCCCUUGGACAGCACCUUCUACCGCUCGCUGCUGGAGGAUGAUGACAUGGGGGACCUGGUGGAUGCUGAGGAGUACCUGGUACCCCAGCAAGGCUUCUUCUGCCCAGACCCUGCCCCGGGCUCUGGGGGCACAGCCCACCGCAGGCACCGCAGCACAUCCACCAGGAGUGGCGGUGGUGAGCUGACGCUGGGUCUGGAGCCCUCGGAGGAGGAGCCCCCCAGGUCUCCACUGGCACCUUCCGAAGGGGCUGGCUCUGAUGUGUUUGACGGCGACUUGGGAAUGGGGGCAGCCAAGGGGCUGCAGAACCUCCCCCAACAUGACUCCAGCCCUCUACAGCGGUACAGCGAGGACCCCACAGUACCGCUUCCUCCCGAGACCGAUGGCUACGUUGCCCCCCUGACCUACAGCCCCCAGCCCGAAUACGUGAACCAGCCAGAGGUUCGGCCACAGCCCCCCUCACCCCUAGAGGGUCCUCGGCCUCCUCCUCGACCUGCCGGUUCCACUCUGGAAAGGCCCAAGACUCUCUCCCCUGGGAAGAAUGGGGUUGUCAAAGACAUUUUUGCCUUUGGGGCUGCCGUGGAGAACCCCGAGUACUUGGCACCCCGGGGCAGGGCUGCCCCUCAGUCCCACUCUUCUCCGGCCUUCAGCCCAGCCUUUGACAACCUCUAUUACUGGGACCAGGACCCAUCAGAGCGGGGCUCUCCACCCAGCACCUUUGAAGGGACCCCUACAGCAGAGAACCCUGAGUACCUGGGUCUGGACAUGCCAGUAUGAGCCAAAAGGCCCGGGCCGCUGAGGCCCUGCUGGCCCCUCAGGGAGUGUGGAAGGCCUGACUUAUGGCCCGCGUCGGGACGAGGCAGGGAGAGGGCCCUUGGAUCACAUCCAGGGUGGCCUGCCAUGCCAGCAAUCUUCCUUCCUCUUCCAACUCGUAGGUGGCUGAGAGCCGCCCAGCCUGGCUGGAAGAGGGGGCAGCACCGGGGAGUCCUGACUGAUGCUGGAGCCCUGGCCCAGCCACUAGGGUCCACUGGAUGCCACAGCCAGUCUCCUUACCUGCGGGAGCAGCCCAGCCUGACUUCUUCCAGAACCUGACACUGAAGGACAGGGAAGCUGAGCCUAGGAAGGGAAGAGGCCCCAAGAGGGUGUCUAGGAACCAGAGCAGAGACUCCCUGAGACCUAGCUCUGCCCCUAAGAAGAAGGGGACAGCAGGGGACGGCAGCAGUGCCCAGAUCCGGUCCCUGUACAGAGUGCUUUUCUGGUUUUGUUUUUACUUAUGUUUUUUUGGUUGUUUUAUUUUAUUAUUUUUUUUAAGAUGAAAUAAGGACUCGGUGGAGAGUGGGUAUUGUGGAAGCGGGGUGGGGGGGCAGUCCCUGGGGUUGCGGGAGGAAUGUCCCUUCUCCAUACCCACUUUCUCCAUUUGCAAAUAUAUUUUGGAAAACAGCUGGACACAAGCCUAUGUCUGGGAUGGCUCUGAGCCAUCCCUUUACUGCUCACCUCUUAA